GCCCUCGUUCUUCUCUUAGGCCUCGCCCUCUCUUUCGUCGUACUUUCGCUCCUGUCAAGAGGCCCAGCAACCCCUCCCCUCAUCCAAGAGCCAGCAGCCCAGCGUCAGACGACACGCCAUGGUCGUCGGCGGACCACGAUGCGCCUCCUAACAAACUCGAAUCCCGGCAGGCGGCGACACCAGCGACAACGACAACCGCACAAUGCCAUCCCCUUUCUGACGACAGCACUCCUCGCGACGACAACCCUCGCCCAGGUCGUCCAGGACACAUGGACGUUCCCCAAGGGCCCGGACUUGGCGACCACCAUCAACGUCGGCCAGAAGAUCCGGAUCGGCUGGACAAGCAGCCUCCAGGACUGGUUCCCGGCCUACUGCCCGGGCUGUCUCAAGACGGCGGCCGACCUGUACAUUACCAGCGUGGGCAUCUCGGGCCAGCUGCCGUUCAAGCACAAGGUCGCCAGCAAGAUCGACGUGACCUCGGAUUUCUCGAUAGAGUGGACCGUGUCGCUGCCUGACAAUGAGGUGUCGUGUCAGUCGUGUGGUAGCUGGGCGUUUCGUUUCAUGGCAGACGAUGCCAACGGCGAGGUUGCAUCAAAUGUCUUUUCGGUGAAACCUGCCCGGCCGGGCUCAUCAUCUUCAGACACAACCACCGCGACGACGCUCAGCACAGUAGCCUCGACCACCACGGUCAACACCUCGACACAGCAGACAGGCGUCCCCGUAGCAGUCCCGACACAAACGGCCCCGGGAAAUGCGCCGGUCAACUCGCCCUCAUCUCCUUCCAACAACAAUGGCGACAACAGCAGCAGUAGCAACAACGACCAGGCACCCUCCACCGGCCUGUCCACGGGCGCCAAGGCCGGCUUGGGCGUGGGCGUGGCCCUCGGCGCCAUCGUCCUCGUCCUGAUGGGCUGGUUCCUCGCGAACUGGCACAAGAAGCGCACCGCGGCCAAGACGGACGAGGACUUCCUGACCACCUACCUCGAGGUCCGGCAGGGCCGCACGUCCCGCACCGGCGCCUCCUCUCCGCUCAGCUCGGGCCCGCCGCGGCACCGGCCACUCUCAGACUUCAUGCUCGACAAGUCGGCUAAAGAAAAAUGGGAUCCCAGCGAGACGUUCGCCUCGGGCGCGACCUCGCCCGGCGUGCCACCGUCCGCGACCAACGCGUCGGUUCGGAGCCAUGGGAGCAGCGCCGUGCCCGACUUCUUGGGCGUCGCGGCCCCGCGCACGCCCGAUAGUCCCAGCUUCGAGCUGCUCCCGCGGUCGGGGCCGAGGUCGUAAUCAAAUCCAUCCAAGUGUGUGUAUCAGUGGGAGAAGAACCACGAAAUGAGAAGUGUUUGUGUUGGUCGUCUGCAUAAAAUGGAGCCAGCGGGUGUUUUUUUUCCCUAUGUGUCAUAUUAUAUCCUAUAGCAUAAUGUUUUUACCUGUAUAAUCUUCGAAGACGUAGAGCGUCGUGUUUGUGUGUGUGUGGAAGCGUGGCACGGCCGGGAAGAAUUAAGACAGGCCAUGGGAGGAAAACAUGCCGAAUAUCCGCAACAGCCCCGGAUCAACCAGUCUGCAAGGCAUCCCGUAGACGGCUCGGUGGGUAAUAUACAUCGGAGCACAUGAAUACCGCUCUGGAGCGCACCUUGUAACAUUCAUUUUAUUUCUUUUGUACGUAGACAACAAUUCCCAGCUCGCUGCAUCGUCGUCGAUCAGAAAUAUUUGCGAGCAGGACGUCCUCGAAAUUCCGAAAAUCU